AUGGCUCAGGAUCCCGCAAACCGUGCGUCGCGGUCCAGCAGCCACGUGAACCUGACGUCGAAUUCGAGCCAAGUUUUGGUUCCAGGACUGACCAAGGUUAAUUCGAACGGCCAGCCGCGGUCGCAGUCCGUGUCCGGUCCAACCACGCCCGUCCCCAGUCAGUCAUGGGUUUCCCAGAGACCCGUCAACCCUUCCCGCUCGUUGUACAACCAGUGCAAGCUGAUCAUGCUGGCAAUGAAACAAAUCCCUGAGUUGGAAGCUAUUAUUGAAAUGUGCGCGUCGCCAACCCAGGGCGAGAAUGACGUGCCGCAAAUAAACAUUGGUAUCGCCCCGCAAAACUACGCUCUGGACCCGGUUUCUCACUUGUGGCGUAUUUUGAGACUGGGCUCGCCUUUGUGCAUCUUAUUCAAUGCUCUUUUGCGUGUGGACGAGAACGGUGAGACGGUUCAAUUGGAAGUGCUCAGCCCGACCGAGAGUUGCAACAUCAAAUCAGCCAAGAAAAUGGUUUACCACUUUUUACAGGCCUGUAUCACUGUUCUUAAGCUACGUCCCGAAGAGGACCUCUUCACCAUCACCAACAUGUUCAGCGAUUCGACCUCCGAUCUGCUCAAAGUUUUGCACACCGUGGAGGUGCUACUCAAAAUGCUAGUCGAUGAGGCCCGCAUCACUUCUAUACCUACUGUGAAAGAUAUCGAGUUGCCUGCAGCGCAGUCCCAGCGUGACAAUGUUGUUUUAGAAAUCGUGAACACCGAGCGCAAAUAUGUCCAAGAUUUGGAGCUCAUGCAGCAAUAUAACGAUGCAAUGCUGGCAGGAAAUAUGCCUAGAGAAAUGGUGCAAGCAAUAUUCCCCUAUUUGUCGCGUAUUGUCGAUUUCCAAAGAAGGUUCUUAGUAGGUUUGGAGUACCACGCCCGUCUUCCAAUGGAUGAGCAGCAGUUCCAUCUUUUGUUUAGCCUCUUGAAGCAGGAGUUCCAUCUUUAUGAAAGUUAUACUUUGAACCAGCGUGAGGCUUCUGGUCUCGCUCUGGCGAAUUCUAUGCAGCUGAUGGCGUUUUCCGACAUUAUGGAACCCAACCACGAGCUGCAAGCGAUGCUAAUCAAACCAGUGCAGAGGAUUUGCAAAUAUCCUUUACUUCUGAAGCAGAUUGCAAAGUCAACUCCACAAGCCGUGGCCUAUUAUCCGGCUUUACUAAAGAGUAUGGACAUUAUGCAUGGUAUGACGCUACAAAUCAACGAAGCUCAGCGCAAGUCCGAGAACGAGUUCUAUUUCAAUGAGCUGCGGGAACAGCUUAAAGACUGGCGUGGUCUGAAUGCUGAUAGUAUGGGCGAGCUGCUCCUCCGUGGUCAGUAUCCGGUGAUUACUAUGGACAGUGCCGAGAGCGAAUACUACCUUUAUUUAUUCGAGCAUGUGUUGCUCUGCUGUAAGGACAGUGCUCCCGUAAAAAAGGGCGGCCUAAGCAAAAUGAGGGCUCCGAAACCGUCCAAGCGUACGAGCAUGGACCUUAAGGGACGCAUCUACAUCACGUACGUGACUGGCGUGACAGUGACGAAAACCGACACUGGCUCGUAUAUUUUGAGUAUCACCUGGGGAAGAGAAAAUGCUCCCGAAACUGGUACUUUUGAUUUUAGACUUUUCAAUGAGGAGCAGGCACAGCUUUGGGAGCAGAGCAUCCAGAAGCUUAUUUCUGAGGUCCGUGCCCGUAGCUUGUCAGAUAUUACGACUGCGUAUGAGGACGAAAACAACGACACCAAAAUGGCUCAAUUCUAUGACGAUAUGCCGCCGCAAUCACCUGUUGACAACCUUUCGUUGCGUAAACUUUCUACCUCUUCGCUCAGUUACAACCCAGACCUCAACGGACGAUCGAGAUCUACCUCUGAGGCCAAUAUCUAUCGCCCAGGUACUAUAGGCUCACGGAUUUCUAACGGAAGCCAGACGACGUUUGUUUCUUCGCCGACGUUCGUUCACCAUCACUCCGAGUCUACCAUCCCGACGGUUAGCCAUCCUUUCAAUGGCCGGAGAGGCACUUCGACAUCCUCAGGGUCAAUUGAAGAAGGGUCGGCAGGCCUCAACAUGGGUACAAUGUCGUCACCACAGUUUGUUGAGCAGCCUGGCGAAUUCAACCCUGCGCGCUAUGCUUCCAGAUCAUCUGUGCGGUCUAACUCUUCGCGAUUUGGACACCUCGAACUUCAAACCAGCAAUCUGGGCAGUCCCAGUCAUCAUCCCGCAUCUGCACACCCUUCAUUGCAUGACCAAAGUAAACUCUUGGUACGCCUACAUUAUCAGGUCGAGUCGUACUUGAUUCAGGUUAAUGCAGACACAACCUACGAGGUGCUACUUUCUCGUGUUGAGAGAAAACUCCAUAUGUGCGGAAAACAGUUUGUGAGUCCACUAAAGCUAAAGUACCAGGACGAAGACGAAGAUUUUGUGACGCUGGCGUCGACUGACGAUCUUCAAAUGGCUACUGACUGUAUGCUGGGCGACCAACUUAAUAUAUGGGUCGUAUAG